AUGCCAGAAAAAGUGCCAUUUUAUCUGCUCAUCUCUCAAUUGAUUCGCCGUAUAGCAACUGGUUUAAAGACACUUGCAAGAGGCUUAUUAGUGGUGCUUGUGUGGUUAAUUAUAUUACCAAAUUUUACCUUAUGGACCUGGAGAUUUUAUUUUUGGAGCGGUGAGAGUAUUGUCUUUUUUAGAAAGGGGGAGGACCAACCCGGUUCUGACUCCUCAUUAACAACAAUCACGGACGAAUCCAGCUAUUUUUCUUAUGAAAUAUUAAAUUUUUCUUUUAGAAAUUUUUUAUCUGAUUGUCUUGAGGGUCAAAUUAUAACGGGGUUUGUUAUCAUCAUAUUCGUUGCUGCUUACUUGUUUAGAGAAUGGGUCAUGCAGAAUUUACCUGCUGAACAACAGGCUCCCUUAAAUGAGCCAGUACCUGUCAAUAUCGAAAAUCCCAACAACAAUGAACAUCUUGUACAAGAACAAGUUGCCAUCGAUACUUUAUUGACAGCCAUGCAGGUUAUCAAUCCAGAAGGGGACGAAGAUCAGGACAUGAGUUUACAUCGCCUCGAACAUCAAUUAGGUCACCUUCGUGCUGCCGUGGAUAAUGAAUUGGCUCAAAGAAAUGACGAUCCGACUGACACUUGGUAUAACCAGCAUGCAUCAUCGUCUUCUGCCAACGACACUAGUGACGAAGAGGACGACGAGGAAGACAGAUUACCUGAACUAGUAGAUAAUAAUCCUCGAUUCAAUAAUGCUGCCAUUGAACGCAUGUUUCAAGAACAAAUGGAAAGAAGACGAGAGUUGGCUAGAAUUCGUGAAUUAGAGCAAGUGGAGGAAAUACCUCCCAUGAUUCAACCUCGUCAGCCUGCUGCUGCUGCUGCAGUUGCUGGACUAGGUGAUGACGACGAACCUUUUGAUGUUGGAGACGACAUUAACGGUGUACUUGAGGCUAUCGGCAUGAGAGGAAAUCCUUGGAUGUUAGUUCAAAAUUCUGUUUUAAUGUCACUCAUGAUUAGUUUGUGUCUUGGUAUUGCUGUUUGGGUUCCUUAUGUUAUUGGACGUCUUGUGAUUUUGAUCCAACCUAUUAGUUUUAUUGAGACGCCUAUUUACGUAAUGCGGUUAAUCACUGAUCCGCUCGUUGAUUUUGUGUUAGAUCUCUGUUUUCCUUAUAUUUGGUCACUCAUUGGAGGGUUUAUCAUUUCAGCUGUACCGGAAAGUAUCCAAUUAGCCUUAAAAUCAAUCCAAGAUCAAUUUUCGAAAGGUGUUGAGACCGCAGUGACAUUAUCCAACGAAACAAUUACAAGAAAUGAGACAGUUGUGAAUAAUAUGACAAGAGCAGGGUCAGAUAGUUUAAUGAUGAAUAUGGACUGGGUAUUGAUUCAAAACAAGAUUGAGGCGAUGAGUGCUGUGGCACUGGCUAGAUGGCAUCGAUUUGGUACGGGACAGACCGGUCUGGAUCGUAGCAUGUGUAUACUUGUUGGUUAUCUAGUAUUGAUUACUUUAGGAUCAUGGUAUUUGAAUCAUGGCAGACGUGCCUCAAACUCAAGUCGUAAUACUACGGGUGAGACAAUUCAGGACAUUAUUCGACAACAAGGUAUAUUCUUAAAGGUAUUGUUCUUUAUUGUGAUUGAGCUGGUUGUGUUCCCUACUGUGUGUGGUUUCUUACUUGAUAUGGCUACUUUACCAUUAUUUGUAAAUGCUUCAUUUACAUCACGUUACCUAUUUCACCUGAAGAGCCCUUAUUCUUCCUAUUUCCUUCAUUGGUUCUUGGGUACUGGUGUCUUGUUCUAUUUUGCCAUAUUUAUUACGGUGUGCCGUGAAAUUAUUAGACCGGGUGUAAUGUGGUUUAUUCGUGACCCCAAUGAUCCUCAGUUCCAUCCAGUUCAGGAAAUGGUAGAAAGGCCUUUACCGAAUUUAUUGCACAAAAUCAGUCAAUCAGCAUUAAUUUAUUCAGUCAUGUUAGUAUUUGGUGUUGGUACUGUUACUUAUACUUUAGGAUACACUGGCAUUGUUUUCCCUCUUCGAUUACCUUUCAAUACUCCCUUAUCUACUUUGGCUAUCGACCUCCUGAUCAUUCAAUUCCUCUUACCCCCCUUGAUCGCUCUCAUCAAACCCCGUGACUACUCCAAGAAGGCACUUGACCUUUGGUGGCACUUUGCCUGCCGUCAGUUACGCUUAACCUCAUUUAUGUUCAAUGUUCGUAAGCCUGAUGAAGAAGGUAGACAUAUCCGUAAAACUUUAAAGUCAAAGAUCUUUUUUGAGAAGGCAACCAUCCCAACGGAUGAAUUUUCCGACGUCUCUAUUGAUGAGGAUGACCAAAAAUCGGUUGUGUUCAAACGUGACGGUAUGAUGGUUCGUGUACCCAAAUACGAUAGUGUUCCAGUGGAUCCUAAGCGUCGUAUGCUUGUACCCGUUGAUCCUGUUACUCUGGAAGCUCUUGAUGAAGAAGAAAGAAUCAGAGGUCAUCCUGCUGCUGCAGAUACAAAUGAUGAAGCUCAGUCAACUAUUGUUGUUUACAUCCCACCUAAUUUCAAGCGAAGAAUUAUCAUUUUCUUGUUUUCCAUGUGGUUUUCCAUUUCAUUAUUUUCUUGCUCUGUAACGGUAGUACCUCUUCUCGUUGGUCGUGCACUUUUUAAAUAUUAUCUUGCGCCUGGGUCGAAAGUAAACGAUUUGUACUCGUUUGCACUUGGAAUUUAUAUUAUGGCAGGAUUGGGAACAAUGACUCAUUGGAUUAAUGAAUGUUACGCAACAUAUAAAACAAAUGAAUACAACAACGAUGAAAUUAUGACGUAUAUGAAAGAAAAAACGAAAAAGAUUGCAAAGUUUUUAUACUUAUCUAGUAUGUUUGGUUUGGUCAUCCCACUUUUGUUUGGAAUCGCAGUUGAUCUCUUUGUAUUUAUGCCGAUCCGUAGCUUUAAUUCAGAAAGUGGAUUAGUGAUUUAUGUGACUCAGAAUUGGUCGUUUGGUGUUGCAUAUAUGAGCAUCAUUCAUAAUAUUAUUCAUGUGCUUCCUGCCAAUAAUAGUGUUCGUCGAAAGCUCAUCGGACUUGUAGGCGACGGUAUUAUGCAAACCGACGUGUGGAAUAUCACACGAACUGUGAUUGUCCCUGUGAUAGUUACUGCACUACUUGCUAUAACCAUUCCUGGUAUUGCCUCUUGGGGUAUUUUACGAUUUCUUGAUCCCAAAGACCCUUCACUUCAGAUCACUGUGACAAGAUAUACGUACCCUAUCAUAUUCUUUUUCUUUGUGGGUCUGUUAUCUAUCGUUAUCUUUAAGAAAUUGAUCCACUUGUGGAUACAGAUCGUGAAGGAAGACCUUUAUGGCAUUGGUGUAAAACUACACAAUAGAAAUAACGAAUCAAGUGACGAGCCAACUACUUUAGAGGCCGAAGGACUGUAA